CUGUGUUCGAUAGCAAAAGAACUGAGCUAUGAUCAUGGUGGAAGGCCACCUGCACCUGCAACUGCACCUGCACCUGCACGCAGCCCACGCGUCCCUUCAGCAGAGCAGCAGGCGAUUGUAAGACUGUCUCGAAUCCAAAAUGUCGUCGUAUCGGCACGCCCCGGCGCAGGUAAGACCGCCACAGCCGAGCUGAUCGUCGCCGCCAACCCGAACCGGCCCAUAGCCGUCAUCACCUACUCCAAGCGCCUACAGCUCGAGACAACUCGUCGCCUAGGGGACCACCCGGCCUGCGACGUCUACACCUUCCACGGCAUGGCCGGACGCCUCUUCUCCACCGUCGUGCACAACGACUCGGCCCUGCUCGCUUUCAGGAAGCAAGCCGCCCCACCCGUCUGGACCGGCGAGCCCUAUGAGAUCAUCAUCCUGGACGAGCUGCAGGAUUGCACCGACAAUCUGUUCUGGUUGGCUUGCACAUUUAUCUCGUCCGUGACUCGUGCCGCAUGGGGCAGGAUGCCCCGUAUAGUUGCGCUGGGCGACGAGAGGCAGGCCAUCUAUGACUUCAAGGGCGCCGACGGCCGCUUCCUCAGCCUUGCGCCCUCCAUCCUCGCCACACUCUCGCCAUAA